AUGGCUAUUGAAAACGAUGCAGCAGCCGCUCAGGCCGGCGCCAACGAAAAGGCCCUCGAACCCGCCGAGGAAUUCAUCUCCCUUGGCGAUGCGGAUGGUUUCACUCUCGAUGCCGCCUCAGAUGUCUCCUCAAGCGACUCCGCAUCAGAAUCAGACUCCGAUUCAGACUCAGACGACGAAGAAAUCACCCCCGAUGAAGAUACUUUCCACCCGCACCGCAUAACACUUUCCACAUUCCGCCGCCUUCUCUCCUGUUAUCCGACAACAGUCGAGCAAGUGCACCGACGCAAAGCCAUGCUAAAGCUGCAACCCAAGCCGGAGAAGGGCUCGAAGAGACGAGUCGAGAAAAGAGCUGGCUCGGCAUCGGCGAGUCUGCGCGGUGCGAUGCUACUCCAGAGGACGGAUUUCAAUACCUCGGAGGAGAAGUAUAUCAAGGAGGAGACGGCGAAGUUUUUGGUGCUGGAUAAGUGGCGGUAUGAGGAGAUGCCUACUGUUAUGGGUGAGCGGCGGGAAAAAGAGGGCGGGGAGGUGCUGAAUAAGAAUGAUUUGAUUACUGUUAUGGAUUGGAAGACGAAACAUGGUAUCCCCCGUCCAACUCUCAUGGGCAUGGUCAAGUCCAACCAGAACAAGAACGUGCUAAAGUGUUCUUCCACCGCUAUCGCUGCUCUUUCUACCGAAGACCCCAUGCUUGCGCCAAACGAGGCUUUCCCCAAGCCCAGCAUCGACGCCUUUGGCCCCCUCCGCGGCGUGGGUGUGGCCACUGCCUCGCUGAUUCUUUCCAUUGCCACCGCUACCGGCAACUCCAAGCAGCAGGUUCCAUUCUACAGCGACGAUGUUUACCUCUGGCUAUGUCUGAAGGAGUUCCCCGAGCUAGAGGACGAUGAGGAAGAGGAGGAAGCCGCCGAUGAAGAGCACAACCCAGACGCUAUCGCCGAGGACGGCAAAAGUCCUCCCCGCCCACCAAAAUUCAAACUGAAGCGCAAAAUCUCCAAAUUCAAGCGUCCCAACGGCGAACUAAACGUCAAGUACAACAUCGCCGAGUACCGCAAACUCUGGGACGCAUGCUGGGAGCUCCGCGAGCGUCUGAACCGUGCCGUCGAAGCCGAAGCCGAAACCGAUUCCGAUUCAAAUGCCAUCACCAUCUCGCACAACGACAUCGAAAAGACAGCCUACGUGCUACGCAACAUCGCCGUAUCAGGCUACCUCGAGAACCAAGAUCCGGAGGAUGUCCUGCGGAUGGCGGCACGACAGAAGGCACGCGUGGAGGCUGCGGAGAAGGCGCGGGCUGAUGCAUCGGGCGAGACGGCGGCGAGGGAGAAGAAGCUUGCUAUGAAGAAGCAGAAGAAGAAGGAUAAGGAGGAGAUGAGGGCUAAGCAGAAGGAGCAGAAGGCUUUACAGAAGAAGAGGAAGAUUGCUAAUGGGGGCAGGACUGUUAAGAGGAGGAAGGUUGAGUAG